AUGGCCGACCGAACGCAAAUACCGCGCCCUAGCGGCUUGCCACGACCUACCUCCCGACUCCCUCUCUACUCGUCCUCCACAAAUGCAAAUGCCUCGUCUGCAACAGGAACGGCACCGGCCGCAUCGUCGCAUCCCGCACGACCCAUGCCUCUCCGUGCCAAGCCGUCGCGGGAAAGCCUCUCCGGAGGAGACUUGCGCAACCCGAAGCUGCGCUCCAUGCCGUCACAAGACCGCCUCGGCGGCCUCUCGCCAUCCUCCUCGAACUCGAGCCUCUCAGUAGCCAAAAACGCCAUUCGCAACGCGUCACCGCGCACGCGCGCCGUCUCUGGGGAGUUUGCAAAAGCAGCGCCUCCUCGCAAGACACGAGCCAGCAUGGGCGCACCCCCAUUACCCUCGUCUCGGCUAGCCGAUGACAGCAAUACAUUCAAUCGACCUGGCACGGCCGGCACCCUGUCACGGCGAAUAUCUGCACAGCACUUGCCUAGCCGGUCCGCACAACACACCCCGACAGUGUCACAGUACUCGACGAGUCCAGAUGAAGAUGUUUUGGCAGAGGACCACAUUGUGGGCGCUACGGAGCUGGAAUCGCUUGGGGCGCGUCCUUCUAGAGCACGGCUGUCUCUUGCUGAGCGGACCAUGGAGACGCUGGCACAGAUCCCCAGCUCACCUGCCGUCAAGGGAAAGACGACUGCAUUCUACGACCCAGAGGCGGCACGAAUCCCGCAGCGUCCUGGUAGUCGCACGGGCUCGCGCGCUGGUUCUCGGCCAGGGUCCAGUUACCGGUCAGACAGCUCGACCCGGUCGGGUUCUCGGCCACCGAGCCGCUCACGCUCGAGUUCCGGCAACGACGACACCGCCCCUAACGUCCGUUCGUCAGUCAACUCAUUCCGAACUGCCGUUCCGUCGUCGUUUGUUCCCAUAGAUGAAGUCGCAACCCCCGGCCGUCCCACAGCAACGCGGACUCUGCGUGGUCGUGCCUCAAUCGGUCCUGGCGUGGCACCCAGUCAAAAGUAUGGCGCUCUGAAUAGCUUACGAGAGCAGGCAGAGGCACCCUCAUUCUUGCCGCCAAGGUCCCGCACACCGAAUCCCGAAAAGUCGUCUGCUGCUCCACCAGAUACCCCAUCGGCAUUCUCGUCCCGUACCGCUACUGCGCCAGGCAGGUUUGCGUCCAAGACCGUUGCUGCCAGGCCACUAAAGUCGCGUGCGUCUGUGAGCGGCCUUAUUCGCAAGCCGUCUAUGAAUAGUAUGGAUGGGUCAACAUCUUCUACUGUUGUCGCCUCACCCGUUACAAUGCGGAAAAGCUCCAUGGCAUCGCGUGCAUCGUCCACGUCUUAUGAAGACACCGGAGCAUCCAAUGCAUCCAAUGCGUCAACGGUAUCAACGGCUCCGAGCAUCGGUUCAGCCGAGCUGACGGGCCAAAACCCUGCCAGCAACAGCAGAAAAUCGUCCGCAGCGUUGCGGGAGCAGAUUGCCAGGGCGAAGGCAGCCAAGCGCGUGGCUUCGCAGAACGUGGGUGAAAAAACACGCGAAUCCCCCGCAUCGCCACUGAGCACGCCGGCUGCGUCCUUCUCUAGCUUGGGUGACAGCGCGUUUGAUGCGGAGCCGGUCGUGCCCACGGACACAACGUUUGAUUUUGGUCUCAACUUGGAUCCUUUCAACCGAAACCAAAAUGGCGAGACGCCGGCCAAGGUGGUUCUGGCUCGCGUGAAUGCCGCGCGGACAAGCGGUCGCCUCAACAUCGCCGCCCUGAACCUACGCGAAAUCCCGGCCGAAGUCAUGGGCAUGUAUGAUGCGGAUGCCUUGGGCACGUACGAUGGAUCCUGGGCUGAGACGGUCGAUCUGACGCGCUUUGUGGCUGCCGACAACGAGAUCGAGAUGAUUGACGAAUCGGUCUUCCCCGACCAGUCUCUCGAAGAAUUGGCGGAGAUGGAGGACAGCAAGGGCAACAUCUUUGGUGGGCUCGAGACGCUGGACCUGCAUGGUAACAUGUUGAUUAGUCUGCCGAUGGGCCUCCGGAGGCUCCCAGUUUUAACGUCUCUUAACCUGUCGCAAAACCGAAUCACGAAUAACGCUCUCGAGGUGAUCUCCCAAAUCACAUCGUUGCGCGACCUGAAGCUGGGCGGAAAUCUGUUCUACGGACCACUUGACCCGUCGUUCGCGAAGCUGGAGAAUCUAGAGAUCGCCGACCUUCACGGGAACAACAUCUCGGCUCUGCCGCUGACGCUCAGCAACAUGACUAAGCUGCGCAUUCUGAACAUCAGCGAGAACAACUUUGAGAGCCUGGUGUUUGAGCCGUUGUCCAAGCUGCCACUGGUGGAGCUGAACGUGCGGAAGAACAAGCUCAGUGGUGUCUUGAUCGAGGAUGCGGUGUCAACGAUGCCGCACCUGCAGAUCCUGGAUGUCACGUCAAACCAGAUUACGCAUCUCGUAUCGACGACGCGCUCGGACGGCGUCGCAUUACCAGCGCUUCAGCAACUGCUCGUCUCGAUGAACCGUCUGCAGAUGCUGCCCGACAUGACCAACUGGACAGCUCUCAUGACCCUGAUUGGUGAGGAGAACAGCAUCAACAGCAUCCCCGACGGCUUCACGAGCCUCCGCCACCUCCGCCAUGCCGACUUCUCAAGCAACGACAUCCGCACCAUCCCACCCGAGGUCGGUCGCAUGGACAACCUUGCCAUGCUGCGGUUGAGCGGCAACCCCCUGCGGGACAAGAAAUUCUGCACGGCAGACACCGACGACAUCAAGGAGACGCUGGCCGCGCGGCUGGAGCCAGAGCCCGACAUGGGCCUGGGCCCCGGCGAGGAGGGGUUCAUCCUGAACCCGCAGUCCGACGUGACGCAGAACGAGAUGAACGACGAGCUGCGUGAUGCAGUGACGGAGCUGUCGACCAAGACGGGCGCACACGGCCCCCAGCGCAGGCGCAGACUGAGCGGCGCCUCUGCUGGAGAACGUGGCGAUGACGACCGCGAUGACAGCCGGUCGGACGACGAAUUUGCGACUCCCCCGACGUCUCUGCCCCACUCACCCGCACGCUCGCGCUCACAGACCGUCUCCAACCAGCUUUGGGCCGUCAAGAAGGGCGGCGUCCUUGAUCGUUCCGAGACAGAGGCAUCCUCGCUUCAUCCGGUGAUCUCGUCGCGUGUUGCUCAGGAGCAUACCAUCUACGAGAUCUACUUGCAGAAGAACUUGUUCACGGCGCUCCCCGACGCGCUGUCCUUCUUUGCGGCCACGCUCACGACGCUGUCGCUGUCCAAGAACCAGCUCAAGGGCGAGGCGUACUUUGGUGACGCGGCGGCGAGCGACGGCCUCGAGCUGCCCGUGCUCAAGGAGCUGAACCUGUCGUGUAACCACAUUACGAGCCUGGACCCCUUGGUCAAGUGCCUCCGUGCGCCCCGUCUGCAAAAGCUGGACGUCAGCAUGAACCGUGUGUCGUCGCUGCCGGCCGACACGCGGCUGCGGGACGCCUUCCCGGCCCUGACGGUGCUGCUGGCGGGCAACAACCACCUGGCCGAGCUGCACCCGGAGAGCAUCAAGGGGAUGCUGAUUGUGGACGUCAGCAACAACGACAUUGAGCACCUGAACCCGCGCAUCGGCCUGCUGGGCGGCGAGGGCGGCCUGCAGCGGUUCGAGGUGCUGGGCAACCGGUUCCGCGUCCCGCGGUUUAAUGUGAUUGAGCGGGGCACAGAGGCAACGCUGCGGUGGCUGCGCGGUCGCGUGCCGGUGGCCGAGAUGGGUGCUUGGCGCGAAGCCAACCGCAACGGCGAUGCUGACGACGAUGUUGAUUGA